AUGGCCUAUCAACAAUUCCAAGGCAUUUUUGCUUUCGACACAACAGCUGUUACGUUAGAUUUUGCAAUCUUUAUGUUAGCAAAUUUUCCAUCAAUACAAGAAAAAGUAUAUCAAGAAUUAUGGCAAAUUUACGAGACGAAAACUCCAAAAUCUGCCCCAAUUAAAUACGAAGAUUUAAAACAUAUGGAUUACUUAGAUCGUGUCAUUAAAGAAACUAUGAGAUUAUUUCCUGCUGCUCCUUUAAUUGGGCGAUAUCUAACAAAGGAUAUAAAAAUGGCAGAAUUUAUUUUGCCAAAGGGCACUGAAGUUUUUUUAAUAAUAUUGGCUCUACACCGAAAUGAAAAGUAUUGGCCCAAUCCGUUGAUAUUUGAUCCAGACAGAUUCCUUCCUGAGAAAGGAACAUCUAAUAAAUAUUACAUGCCGUUUAGUUCUGGACGCAGAAAUUGUAUAGGUAUGAAAUAUGCAAUGAUUUCAAUGAAAGUUAUCUUAGCAAUUUUGAUAAGAACAUUUGUAUUCAAAGUAGAGAAAAUUACUCAGAUAGAUGCAAUAAAAUUAGAUAUGGAUAUGACACUACGUAAUAUUGAACCUAUGGAAGUCAUUAUAAAAAGACGAGAAUUACAUUAAAAUAAUGUAA